CAUACCUCAAGCAUUGUGUGUAGCGCUGGUAGCUCACUCUGGAACAAUCCAUAUGAGUAAAAAUGUCAACAACCAAAACAAACCAUCUGAUUUGAUGUGUCAAGUGAUUUUUGUUGAAAAGUGAAUUGUUUUGGUCAGCAACGGAAUGAAGGGAUUUUGUUUUAAUUUACAUUUUUGGAAGUGAUCAAAAGAGGUGGUUUGAGCUGGUAAACAUAUCGAUUUCAUUAUAACAUUAGCUAUUGGUUUAAUUAAGAUGUCUCAACAGUUCAAAUACAAAAAUAAAGAAAAACCACUAGAAACCAAGGAGUUUGUAGAUGCUUUCACACGUCCAUGGGUAAUUAGCAAUAUAAGGCAAAUCAUUAAAGUUAGUGAAGGCAACUUCCAAGGAUUGAUAAGUGAACCUUUUAUUGCAUUCAGAAGUGAAGCCAAGAUGAAAUUGUGCUGGAAAAUUUUAACAGAUGACACGAUUUUACUCACGCCUUCAAUCGAUCUUCGCGUUAAUUAUCCAAUAAAUGUUAUGGUUCGCAUGAUAAUUCAAUGUACACGAUUCGCAUAUGAGCUUAACGAUAGUUUGCCAUGGACUGUGGUACCAGGAAAGGUCAAUGUAUGGGAAAACGAGUGCAAGUUGGAUCUUCAUGAAUUUUUAAUCGAUGAUUCAGUGACAAUUAAGUUGGCCAUGGUACAUUUACUGAGCGCUGAUGAACAAAAAUUAAAAGAGAAGAAAGAAAAGGCAGAAGCAGAUGCUCGAGCUGAAGAAAAAAGAUCAAAUAAUGAUAAUUACCUUAACAUGUUUUUAAAUAGCGAACAAACUGAUUUUACUAUUUACGCUGAUGGUAAAAGCAUAAAAUGUCAUAAAUGCGUUCUAUCGACAAUAUCGACACUCUUGGAUGUACAAGAUGACAAUCUAACAUGCUCUAGUUUAACCAUUGACAACUACGAGUAUGAUUGUGUCUACCAAUUCAUAUUGUUUUUAUAUUCCAUGGACGAAAAUAAUCUAUCAUUGAAAAAAUAUGCCAAGCAUUUUUUAGCUUUAGGAAAUAUGUAUGAUGUAAAGCUUAUUAAGGCAGCUGCUGAAUCAUAUCUACUCAAUGAUCUGUGUCUAGCGAAUGCAAGAGGUUAUGCUUACCUAGGUAAGGAAUAUAAUGCAGACCGUUUAAGACGAAGAGCUGAAGAUUUAAUCUUAGCUUGAAAAUUUUGAUAUUAAUUGAUAUGAUAUCAAUGAUAUUUAUAAUUGUAUCAUCUACAGUAUUCUUAUUCCUCUCAAAUGUUUUUGCAUCAUGAUUAUUCCUCAUUUUUGUUUAUUGACAAAUAAAGCAGUGCUUCCCAAAAACUACAAAAA